AGUAGAGGCAACAAAUUCAACUCGAUCGCCCUGUGUCGUUUUUCCUCCUAUACGUUUUUUGCUAGGAGAUCUCAGUUGAACAAAAAUUUAGUUGGAAAAGGAUUCAUCCUAAUUCUCCCAUCUUUUCUAUUUCCUUUGCUUCUCAAGGCUUUGAAUCUUAUCGUCAUAGUGUACUAACCCACCCUUCCCACUCAUGACAAUUUCUUAUUUCCAAUCUCCCUCACUUUGGUGUGGUGUAAGUGGGUUUUGGCAAAGGUCUUUCUUCUUGUCGGAUUUCUUCCUAACAUGCAGCUCGUAAGUCCGAAAGAGUGGUAUUAGUACUGUUAGUAUAUUUUAAAUUAAUUUUUGAACGCCAGAAGAAGAACUGUGGGCGUACCAAUGUGCUCAACAUGGCAGAAGUUUCUUCCCGGCGAACGAUUGAAGUUCUGCAUAAAGUUCAAUCUUAUUUGGAUGUCACUGAAUCAAGUUGAGAAUUAAAAGGUAACAGUUGUUCCUUCAAAUGGCUGCUCCAGUGUUUGUGUUUAAAGGGGAGCUGUUGCAUCAGGCAGCUAUCUAUGAUCAGCGUGACUUGCUGAAGUCUCUUCUGACGGCCGGUGUCCAUGGAGAAGCCAACAGUCUUGAUCCUCGUGGGUUGACACCUCUUCAUACUGCUGCACUGCAUGACAGUGUUGGUUGUUUGGUAGAGUUAUUGGAAUGGAUAGAAGACUUAAACAUUCAGUCUGCCCCAGAGGAUAACUGUUCUACUGCCCUUCAUCAUGCUGCCCGAAAUGGCCAUCUCCGUUGUCUUAAAGUUCUCAUUGACGCAGGGGCAAGAGUUGAUAUCAAGAACAAAGAUGGCAAAACAGCAAUGCAGAUAGCAUUUGAAAGGGGGGAAAUUGACUGUGGCAACUACCUAAGGACUAUGGAAGCCAUCAAGAAAGCAGCACGAGAAGAAGAGAUAUCCCAAGAACUCUAUCGCUGUUGUGCUACUGGUGAUUUACCAAGGGUGAAAGAGCUUUUAGAAGAAGCAAGUACAACAACAAUCAACAAGUUGUACCAAGGAGGAAGCACACUUCUUUACAAGGCUUGUAAAGGUGGUCAUCUUGAAAUUGUGAAGCUUCUUCUGAGUAGUGGUGCAGAUGGUUCACUGAACACAAUAACAGGACUUGCUCCAUUGUAUGCUGCCGCUCAGAGUGGAAACGAUGAGGUGGUGAGACUAAUAGUGCAGAAGUUUCCGCACCUAAUCAAUAUCCCAAGCAAAAUGGAUAAGUCAACAGCUCUUCAUGUGGCUGCAGGUGAAGGCAGUGAUGAGAUCAUUAAGAGCAUCCUGCAAGUUCCCAGGGAUGGUGAAGAGUUGGCACCUUGCAAUAAAAUUGACAUGAGUGUUCGGACAUCAAAUGAGAUGACUGCCCUUCAUCUCGCUGCCCAAGGAGGCUUUGUGAGAGCUCUCGAGCAACUUUUAGAUUGCCGACAUAAGUGCGCUGGGCCGUGCGAAGCCAUCUUGACAGUGUCUGUGAAUGCUACAGAUAUUAUGGGGCAGACUGCACUGCAAGGCGCGGUCACUGUUGGAUACAGAGAUGUUGUCAAACUGCUCCUAAAACAUGGUGCCGAUGUUAACCUAUGUCAGUCUAACGCGGAAAGUUUCCAGGGGGAGAGUGACCGCGCUACUGCUGCUGCCUCAGUUGCUAAUUCUUUGACUGGUAGAUGCUCUCCUCUUCAGAUUGCUUGUUCUCAAGAAGACCUGGAAAUGGUAGAGAUACUGUUAAGCAACGGAGCAGAGGAUGUUGACCACAAAAUCUUGAAUUCAGCGAUUAUGGCUGAUAGCACAGAGGUCACAACGAUCCUGCUUCAACAAGGUGCGCAAGUUGACCAAGAGCAUACGCUGCACCCAUCCAGAACAAGCAACAGUCCUGAAGAAUUGUGGCGUUUGUCAGCGGUGCCUAUUUGUUUACUUUGGAAUAACAUGAAACUGACAAAACUUGAACAGCAGUGGAUUUUAACGGCCGCAAGUAAAAUCAAUCCAUACGAUGGAGAUUUCGCCGGACCACACCCGUCCCUAAAAACUAUCACAAGAGUUGAUAUUUCGGGCAACAAACUGUCAAAGCUUCCUAUUGUGUUGUUUCAAAUGGCUGCGUUAAAGACCCUUAACGCAUCGGAAAAUGCAAUCACCUGUUUACCAUGUCUGUGGCUCGGAGGAAAGAAAGAGAAAAAGACGAAAGCUAGUAGUUUAAAGGUUGGGAAGAAAGCCUACAGCUCGUGCGAGAACAUUUUGGAGAAUCUUGUUUUUGAAGAAAGUGUGCAGGACUUCAGCUAUGCCGAAUCUGGUUGGAACUGUCCACACCUUGAAGACAUUGAGUUACAUCACAAUUCCUUAGCAGACUUGCCAACGUGUCUUUUUGAAUUGCCGGUGUUGAAGUAUUUGAACGUUUCAUCCAACGAUAUUCAGACACUCCCGUUUGAAAUGUGGACUUCUCCCGCGUUAAAAUCGCUAGAUCUGAAAGGAAAUUGGGUGAGGAAGUUGCCGGUAAUGAAGACAAGACGCGCUAGAGCUGGAACCGGAAAUAGUAAAACAUCAAGUCUACCUCGUGCUAAAGUGCUGUCUCUCAGCAAAGACAAUCUACCAAAUGACCUCAGGCAUAUGAGUCCAUCGUUAGCGUCAAGCCCACCACAUCAAAGUGCUGAAGUUAACGGCAAACAGAACCACCCUUUGAAAAUGUUCCAUCAUAGUCAGCUAUGGGGAACAAGGCAUGGAGAUGAAAUCGAGGACUCUGACUCAGAGGAAGAAGACAUCGAUCUCUCAAAAGGAGCCUCUCUUCAAAAACUUGAUUUGUCGGCGAACCAAAUCGUAAAGAUUCCUCUGGGUCUGUCGUGCCUAGCAACGAAUCUCGUGACGCUGAUUUUAUCAAAUAACAACAUUUCUGAUGUUCCAUCGCUCGCUCUGUUUCCAACAUCACUCGGAACGUUGGAUUUAUCGCACAAUAACUUGACGCGGUUCCAUCCCAUAGCGGAAAAUUUCUUGCAUAAAAAUGCGACGGAAAGUCGGUGUUACAGUGUUGUUGAAGGCCAAAAACCAGGCAUGCGCCGAAGGAUCAGUGCGGAGAAUGGACUCCAAGCGGGCAAAGCAAGACUCUGUCGGCAUGCAAAACAUAGAGCUCUACCGAAUCUGAAGCGUCUCGACCUAAACAACAACAAACUUGAAGAAAUUCACUUCACGCUUCCUCGGACUCGCCCCGCUUCGGUAGCGUCCGUCUCAGACCCUACACCGGUGAAUUCAAAAGGUCCAAGUGUACUGUUCCCUAUCUUACAGUCUCUAACGCUCAGCAACAAUGAAUUAUGGACUCUUCCAAAGGAUGUAGGAGUCUUAUCGAAGCUUGGCUCGCUGCAUGUGAGUAAUACAAAAAUUACCCGUCUACCUCCCGAGGUCGGAUUGCUUUCAGAGCUGUGGGAUCUACAGUUCCAGGGUCUGCAGCUGCAUGAUAUCGAGCCGAGUGUGCUGGAGAGGAAGAAGACGAAAGACAUUGUAGGAUAUUUGAGAUCAGUUUUAGAAAGAUCUGAGCCGCACCCGAGCAUGAAACUGAUGUUUGUUGGCGUUGCAAACAUCGGAAAGACCACGCUUUUGAGCCAACUGAGGCAGGAGGGGACGGGAAGUUACCAAAACUCACCCCCUGUGGGGUGGACAGAGAGGAAGUACAAGAAAAAGAGGACUCCAUCUACAAUUGGUCGUACCAAGAAAGCAGAGGUGAACAUCUCUACUGUUGGUGUGGAUGUAUGUGAUUGGAUUUAUCCAAAGAAAACAGAUUUUGCCUUCGGACGAGCAGACAAUAGACCCAGCAUCAAAUUCAGCACCUGGGACUUUGGUGGACAGCGCGAGUAUUACGCUACUCAUCAGUGUUUCCUGUCUCAUCGUUCGCUGUACAUUGCCAUGUGGAAGGUUACAGACGGCGAACAGGGCGUCAAUCAAAUUGAACCUUGGUUGCUGAAUAUCCAGGCUCGUGCCCCAGAUUCCACAGUCAUCAUUGUUGGAACACACUACGACAUGCUAGAGGACAAAGACAGAAGAUCAGAAUACCUGACAAACCUGAGAAGUAUGAUUUCUGAUAACUAUAUAGCUGUCGAAUACGGAGGAAAGGUUCUGAACACACGCGAACGAGGCUUGCCCAAGGUGAGGGCCAUGAUCGAGGUUAGCUGUAAGACUGGGUACCACAUCCGGGAAUUAAGGCAGCUGAUCUACAACACGUCUUUUGACAUUAAAGAGAAAGGUAGUCGCCUGCCUCUGCUAAAGACGCCCAUUCCUGCCAGUUACAUCGCAGUAGAGAACGCUGUGGGAGUGGUCCGUGAGAGGUGCUACCGUGACGACCAGACUCCGGUACUCAAGUCUGAACAAUUCAGCGCUGCAGUUGAAGCUGAGCUGUCAAAGCAAAAUUUUCACCUUAGAGGACCAGAGGAAUUACAACAAGCUACAAGUUUCCUGCAUGACAAUGGUGUUUUGUUACAUUACGACGACCCACUGCUGCGUGACUUGUAUUUUUUGGACCCUCAGUGGUUGUGUGACAUGCUUGCUCAUGUUGUAACGAUUAGGGAAGUCAACCCCCACAUAAACAAUGGUGUCAUGAAGCGCUCCGACUUAUCUCAAAUUUUCCGAAGUGAACGAUUCCCUGCCAAUCUGAUGAGCCAAUACAUCAACCUGUUAAGCAAGUUUGAAGUGGCCCUGCCAUGGAGCCCUGAGUUCCUGCUCGUCCCAUCCCUACUCCCAGAUAGUCAGCAAGAAACUAACCUGCCUGUUGCGGCUGGCGUCAGCGCGGCAGUUGCUCAGGCCAUGAAUGUGACAGCUUACACUCAACCAAAGGUUCUGCGGAGACAGUACGUCAUGUCCUAUGUGCCGAGUGGCUUUUGGCCAAGACUGAUCACCAGAGUAAUUCCAGAUGAACGAAUCCGCGAUACAGUCAAGUCAUGUUGUCAACUGUCUCCCGAUGGCCCAGUACAGGAGGGUGACAGAGAUAAACUAACUUCUGUGGCUCAACCAGAGUGGUCAUGCUGGAAGACUGGAAUUGAACUGUCAUGUUUUGGAGUGAAAUUGCUAAGGAUAUGUGAACUGGAAGGAAGACCUUUUUAUGGUGCACCAGAUGACAUGGCCAAUCCGUUGCAUUACCGCCGCGAGGUACACGACACCACUCGUUAUUCCACCAUUGAAGUUCUAACGCCAUGUGUUCGCAUAAGAAUGGAAAAGUUUGAACAACGAAAGAAAAUUACAUCGAAAAGAACGAGCCUAAGGAAGGCUGGAGAAGAUCGCCGAGAGGGAUCAAAGCUAAUCGGAUUUAAAGUCAAGUCUGUUUCAGACAGUAGCAUCCAGUCUGCUGCUCGGUUGGUUGCUAUCGCUGUGGAACACAUGGACACGCUCAUCACCGACUGGUUCCCAGGACUUGAUGCAAUCACAGUGCAAGGAAAUCGCCUGGUUACCAGGAUCAUUCCGUGCCCCAAGUGCAUCAUGACCGUAUGCGGGAACGAUCGAGCCGAGUAUGAAAAGGAAAGAGAUAAUGUACCGCCUGAUGUGCUUUUGACGCAAUCCUCAGGGCAGGAUAGCGGCAUAAAUUUGUCUGCGACUGACGGAAGUAGUACGAGCGCUUCUCCAUGGCCGAGCCCUGUGCACAUUUCAAGGAGACCCGAAGCUAAUGGAGAAGACAACUCGCUGUCGCAGAGCGUGGACUCCUCUGAUAUACAGCAGGGGCAAAGCUAUAGCAGUCCUAAGUUCCCUUCUCGUGACAGUUUUCACUCGGAGCCCGAGAGAUUCACGUUUGGGUAUGUGAGCACUGGAAGAGAGACAGAGGAAGAGAGUUCAAGUUGUUUUGAUUACACUUCGGAUCAGAGCACGGAUAGUCAUGGUAGUGAAAGCAGCCAAUCAUUUUCUCCAGAAAUGGGUGGCAGGAGAAGGAAGCAAUCCGGCAAAGGACGCAGGCAACUGAGGAGUAGUGACAGCGAGGAAAGUGACGUCAUUGAUAUGAACUCUAAGUCCAAGAAGUCGGACGAAACCAAUCAAGAAGAACCCAACAAAGCAGGGAGCACUGACAGCGCUGAAAGCUUUCAACGUGGUUCCGGUAAAUACGGCUCGUUCAGGAAGCGACCCACCGAAGAUGACACAAUCAUUUAUUCAUUUGAGUUCGAAGAAUGUGUGCUAGCUGCUUACAACACUGAGCCCGUGGAGUGCACCCUGCACGGUCAGCUGGAUCUCAAAGAGCUAGCUCCAGAUGCUAUGUUUGAAGACAUUGCUCCUAACAUGAACGUUCAGGCAUCCGACAUAACUAAAGGCAAAUUCUUAGGCAAAGGAACGUUUGGCUCAGUAUUUCGCGGGGAGCUGAGGCAGGAAUCCGGGAACUCGAUAACUAUCGCCAUGAAGAUGCCGCUGAACAAUGAAGUGGGCGAUGAUGCACCAGCGGAAGAAAAGCAAAUGGCUGCAGCGGCUAUGAGAGCGCUGAAAGAAAAUCCAACGGUGACAUUGAAUGAUGCUUACAGGACCGUUCGUCAGGAGAUGUCCAUUCUCCUUCCCUUGAAGCAUAAUAACAUCGUGUCGUUGUUAGGAUACUGUCUAAACCCUUUCAGCAUGAUUCUGGAGUUUGCGCCGCAAGGGGCUUUGGACGGAAUUCUUGCUAAUUAUAAGAGAGUUGGAGUCAGGCUGAAUGCUUUCGUCAUGCAGAAAUGUAUUGUGCAGUGUGCUUCAGCUAUUAAAUAUUUACAUCGCCACCACAUCAUUUACCGUGAUCUCAAAUCAGAGAACAUUUUGGUGUGGGUGUUUCCAGCCCCCCUCAGUGCGGGCAUAUCACAUCAUCAAGUCGUUAUAAAGCUGGCCGACUAUGGAAUCAGCCGGUCAGCGGCGCUAGCAGGAAUGAAGGGACUGGGAGGCACUCCUGGUUUUAUGGCCCCCGAGAUCGAAAAGUACGUCGGGAAGGAGCUUUACACGGAUAAGGUGGACUCGUUUUCCUUUGGAAUGUACAUUUAUGAACUAGUCACGCUGCACCAGCCGUUUAAUGAUCUCAACCCAGCUCAGGUCAAACAGCUUAUCGUUGAGGGUCAUCGACCGCCACUUACUACCAAGGAUAAGAAAGCUCCAGUGUUUGUGCUCGACCUGAUGGCGUGGUGCUGGCAACAAGAAGCGGACAAGAGACCCCCGUCUCAUCACAUCUCACAGCUGUCUUCUGCAACAGAAUUUCCUCGCCUCUCUGACGUCAUCACUUUCGACAAACAGCUGGGCUUAAACUGUGCUGUCACUGCUGGGUCACGUGUUAGUCAAAGCCGCGGGGCGGACGACAGGGCUAGCGUGGGGUCAGAGGUCUGGUUGUGUCGGAGCGAGCUGAAUGCUGGGAUAGGGAUGGGGAAAAUAAGUGUCCUUGGCUACAGCCGAGGGCGGUGCUAUCACAAAAAGGAGUUCUUUGUAGGCAAAUCCUGUAUUCGGGUUGCCUGUAGCGUGGGUAGUACGGUGUGGCUUGGGACCGAGUCAGGCACACUGCACGUGUUUUGUGCGAUGACCUAUAAACAGCUGUGUCAAGGAACAAUCAAGUCCAACAGGUACAUCUUAAGCAUGAUCCACGUCCCUCGAGCGAACUGGGUUCUAGUGGCGCUUGCAGAUGGCUCUGUUCUGGCCUACGACGAUAAUAUCUCAAAUCACUAUCACUAUCAUUACACUCAUAAGUCGGAACAAACUCCUGUUCUCGAGCUCCUACCAAACCGGGUCUACACCGGUGAUGGAAUUCCCAUUCAUUGCAUCGCAGCCUUGAUACUGAGGAAACCCCAGGAUAAUGAACCUCCACCGAACGCCGGGGCAGACUCGUCUGAGGACUCUGAUGAACGAAACAGCCCCUGUGACGAGUACGUCUGUGAGGUUUGGUGUGGAAAAGAACGAGGGACGCUAACAAUUCUCGACGGUGAAGACAUGGAGAAAAUUUGCACCAAAUCAGCCGAAGACAGUGAACCGGAUUCGUCUUCACAAAGAGAACACAGUGUAUCUCAUCUUGAGACAUGUCAGGCCACCGGCUCUACCAUCAGUGGAGAUAGUCCCUCGAGGAGGUCCGUGUGGGUGGCUUUGUUCCCCGGUACUCGCGUGUACCGAUGGGACGCUCUGGAGAAGAAGAUUGUGCGUAGUGUUGAUUGCUCACAGUAUCCACCGAGAUUUGAAGGUUCAAAACCGAAAGCCCCUGUUAGGAGAGGCGCAGAUCCAAAUCCUUUGAGCCCUUCCCGUGCUCAAGUGAACUCCCUCCUCGCAGUAGACAAAGAAUUGUACAUCGGCACAAGCUAUGGCUGCAUUCUUGUUUGUAACAAUAUCUCUCUCAUGGUAUAUACUAUAAUACGCUGCCAUGACGAGUCUGUUAAACACCUUCUUCCCCUGGUAACCACGCCUGUCGUUCCUUCACGUGGUGAACAGGCGAAGGCACUAGUACUGAGUUGUGGGCGAGGUUAUCGCAGUCUUGGCGCCAGUCUCUACGGUCACGCAUCGUACCCGAGUCGUCGAAGCAAAAAGACUUCCUUAAAGGACGAGUCUGUUGUUUUAGUCUGGCUUGCAGACGUCUGGGAAAGUUGAUGUAGGAGAAUUACCAUGGUAAUGAUAAAUCCUGGUUCAGAAGUAGGGAAUAUUUGUUCAGAUAUAUGAGCCACUUUAAAAUAACCGUAAAUAAAGAGGGUAACAUAGCUGAUCAUUAGUUAUGAUCGUUGCAUUACUCGCGUGACCUACGCGCGUGGGAAUGGACCCUGCUUCAACUGUCCAAUGAAUCAAAAGAUUUAUCCUCUCUAGGAAAAAAUCUUUUAAGAAAGGAAGUUAAUGGUCCAGAUAAUGCACAUCGAAAGUUUGAAAUAAUAAUAUUAACUCUUUUAAAUCUUUUAAUUCCUUGAAGUGCAACUCAUAUUAUCAAAAAAUAGGGCAUUAACUUUUCAUCUGAGAUGUGUGUAUGAAAAUCGGUUUAUGGGAUACCAAAAACUAUAAUAAUAUCGACAAUUACAAAUUCAAAGGAAAUUUCAGGAAACGAACGUUCAUGAGACUAUUAUGUGGAAAAUUGUGCAAAUUUUGUCACCGAAUCUUCGCUUUAAAAGAAAAUCGAUAGCUUAAUAAAUGAAUGUAUGAUUGAAAAGGGGCCAAAAGCUCUUAUUUAGGCGAUGAAAUCGAGCGUCUUCAAAAUUGUGUAUUUGUGUAUUAAUUGUGUGCAGUUUUGGUCUAAAAUCAUACGUUUGAUUCGAAAUCGAUCUCGCUUGGUGCACUCGGUUACAAUUCAAAAUAUGUAUGAAUUCUGACUAUGUUGCACUCCACUAGACUUAAUAACAAUUACAAAUGGUGAUUAUUUUGGUGCAGGUACUGAUUUUGUGUUUAGAUUAAUAUUUGCUGCUUUUUCACGUUUUCAGUCGCCAUCCUAAGAACGGGCCUUUUAUGAUGUUUUCAUAACUGAUUAUAACAUUGAUUGAUCGAAGUUUUACUGCUUGAGCGUGUCCUGUGCGUGGGAAUUUUGUAUCCAUCAUUCUAUGUUUACAUGGGGGUAUGAUGUAUAUGUUAUAUUUAAGAUUACGAAAUUAUUUUCAUAAUCAUCACUUUUAGUCCUUUACUGGUUGUUGAGAUCGACACCGAGUUGUCUUUUGAUCACAGGUUGUUGAAAAUACACUAAAGUAUAUUCAUGAUUAUUAAUUAGUGAAAUCGAUAUUAAAUUGUAAUCUACUUCUCUAAAGAAUUAUACAAUAUAUCUGUAGUAGUUUGUUAGAUUUAACUGAAAAAUGAAUCUAUAUAUGCAAAAUGGUCAAUGAUCAUAAGUGUAUGCCUGACUAUUAGGAUUAAAUAUCAAAAUUAGUUAAUUAGAGUCCCAUAGGCGAGCUGUCUGGAAAUUUAGGACGUUGUGAAGAGGCUGGAGCUGACUCUUCAGGCGAGAGUUUGUUCUUUCCUCUUUUUUCUUUCGUAAUAGUUCUGGACUAUGAAUGUGUUUAUUUCUUCGGGGUUUGGAUCCUGAAAAUCGAUUGCAGUUGUUACCGAGCGAGUAAACGAGAGAAUAAGCGCAAUGGGUGUUGGGAAAAGAGUUGCUCGCAGUUUUCUCUCUCUCCUUCCCAUGCUUCUCGCGUUUUGCACCCUCGAUUGUGUCACUCGCAGGUUUGGGACGAAAAAGAGAUUAAAACUGUGAAUAGCUAGCGGAAUACAGUACGGCGACCGAAAUGCUAUCAGACCUAGCUUUUGCCAAAUUUCUUUUGUGAUAGAAUUUAUAGUUUCAGUGGUCUCGCCAGAGGUUUUCCAAGUCAAUGAACGCAGGUUAUCAAUGAAACGUGAGAAAACUGGUCUAAUCCGAGUGGAAAUAACCACUAUCGACUUUCGAUAUCCUUACUUCUUGAAAGGUUUUAAAGGAAGAUUGAUUUUUAAAAUCCUCUUUUAACACAGUUUUAUUAUCUUGAUUCAUAUUCCAGAUGUGGUAAUUUUAAUAUUUUUAUAUUUUCGAUCAUUAGUUGAUAUAUAUUUUACAUUCGUUUCCAAAUAUUUUAUAUAUUUUUUGAUUGAAAGAUUUAAAUCCACUCAAAUUUACUGUUUAGUGUAGGUAUGUAUUCUAUUUAAUUUAAAAAAGUCAUCUAUCUGUCACAUUCGAUUGCUUAAAUUUUUAAGUUCGUUGUAACUUUUUACUGUUACUGAUGACAGGACAAAAGAAAGGGAAUCAAUAAAAAUGAAAUACCAAAGAAUGAAACA